AUGAUGGCAGCCUCUGCCAGCACACUCACCGAUACGGAGCGCACCGGCACCGCUGGGGCCAGCUUCAUCACCUCCUCCGCCAGCCCCAUGACACCGAAUCCCGCUGUCUCGUACACGCGCGUAUCGAAGUCACCAGCAGCGGUCUGGUCCGCCGCAGCGACAGUCCUGCCAGCGUCGCAGCUCCCCACCAGCCCGUCCCCUGCGGGCAGUCUUCCAUGCGAUCCGCUGCUACCGCACAUUGCGCCGGCCGCUGCAGGGCACGGGAACGCCGUGUAUUCAAGCUUUGAGGCGGCGUCCGGCGAAGAGGUCGACGAGAAUGACCUGAACAGCAGCGCAGCGAGUCGAGCCGCCCAGGCGGCGCUGGACGCUGAGGAGCAGCUGCGUGGGCACGAGGGUCCGUCAGACUCCUCCCUGGUACCGACGGCCUUGUCGGAGCGUUCUUCUUCAGUCGCUCCACCUCAGACACCGGCGCGGAAAAAAGUGUCUGCGCCACCACGGCCAAUGCAAGUGCACGCAUGUGAAGACGAGAUGGACACCAGCACGAGUGUCUUCCACCUUGACGAGGAAAAGGACUGCGACGGCAGCGUGGCAGGCAUGCUCGCCGGCAGCAGCGUCGCCCUAGUGCAUACCACCCCGUCUGACAAGCGUCCGCUUGUGCCUCGAGAGGAGCGCAGCGACUUGGAUGGUGCUGCGGCUAAUUCUUCUGGCGAUGCCGGGGCCGUUUCCCACAUGGCCACCUGGCGACGGCAGCCACCACCCCCACCGACUCCGUCGACCGCCACAAAAAAGUCGCCGUCCGCGUCGUCCGCCAUGCGGCAUGCUGUAGAGAGUGAUGACACUACCAGCACCAGCAGCGGCGGUAGCCCCCACUGCACUAACCUGACGGUGGAGCAGCAAAACACCCCAGUCAUAGCCCAGGGCACCGUGACAACUCUCGCGACGUCUGUCGACGCGGCGCAGGCUGUGGUGCACUACACCGCCUCGACCCUUCCACCUGACCGCAGCAGUAGCAGCGGCAGCGAUAGCCCCGCGUUCAUUUCGGGAAAGAACGCCGGCGAUCCCGCUCACAAAAUGCACAGCCGCGCCGACGGCACGCACGCGCUGUCGCUACAGCACCAGAGGGUCAUGGAAUACAGUGGCAGGCCGGAGGAGGCCGCUGUCGGUGAGCACGUCGGCUCCGCAAUGAUGUUGUCCACCAUCGCGACGGAGGGUGGCGCUGUCAAGAUCAGGGGCAGUGACAGCGAGGGCGUCGCCGCCGCCGCCUCCGUGCCGGGCCUCGAGCAGCACCCGCCUCACCAUGGCCUCAAACCCCUGUCAACCGACCAGCUGAAUGGUGAGACGAAGACACGCGCUGCCGAUCCUGCGGCUCUGACCACGGGAGGCGAAACGUCGGCGUCGCGUGCGAGUACCGUGCUGAUGCCCCCAUCGCCGUCCCAGCCGCGCGCAGCGGCGAUACUGGAUAACAGCUCGUUCUCCUCGCCCUCUUGCGGAGACGCCCCCGCCGCGGCGACGGCAGCGCUCGCAAGACAAUCGGGCCGCCGCAGCAGUGGCCAGGCACUGCCGGCUUCAGAGGGCGACGCAGCGGCGCAAUCGUCAAAGAGCGAUGUGGUGCGGCGGGCGUUGGUGAUGCGAUGCGUGCAGGACUCCAGCACAUCGUCGUCGUUGUCCUCUUCCUCUUCGAGAAGCGUCAGUGGCCACACAAAGGGGCCGAGGCAGGCCCUCGUCAACCGAAGCACGAGAGCGGCAGGUGGCGAGCAGACCUCCGUCGAGAGCAAGGGAGGCGGCAACAAUCCACGUGUAUCGCCGUCCAGCUCGGCGCUGUGCGUUGACGCAAUGUGCGCGAAGGACACAUCCGCUACACAUGCACGGGCUCUCCAGUAUACGGAAGCUCUCGACGGCGCUGACGUUGGUGAGAACGAGGAGGCCGAAGAAGCUGAGGAGAACGGGGCACCACCGAUCAACUGGGACGGCGCGGAGGAACAGGAAAGCAACCCCCUUCUGCUGCAGGAAGCCGGUCGCUGGGAUGCCGUGCUGGAAGAGAUGGAACUGGUGGACUGCACAGUUGUUUCGCGUGUGUAUCAGCGAGCUAUGCCGCUCGGGCGCACCGCGUCCCACUCGACCAGUGAAGAUGCGGGGGACAACAUGGGCAGCGAGGACGACGACGAACUUUGCCUCUUCAAGGUGGUCUCACUGUUCCCCAUCGCCGCGGACCAUUCCGAGCGGUGGGGGCGACGUACUCGAGUGCAGAAGUGCUUGCUGGCUCUCGCGGAGGAGAUGCGUGCCACGCAGCGCGCGCUCGACGAGGCGGGGUUGACUGAAGCUGAAGCGGAACCCGGGUCCUCAGCUUCCCAGCACGUUGGCUCCAGUGCAAAGCCACCCGCCAACGGAGAAGAAAGGGUCGGUGGCCACGAGGACGAUACAGGCGACGUGUUUGCCAAGCGAAGGCGGCGCACCACCUGCGCCGGUGUGUCGGAGGUGUACGUGGACUCGCGCUGCCGCCUCAUAGCCCAGUUGGAGGCGGUGCCGUACAUGGUACCGUUGCGGCAUCUCGUCGCCGCUAGCUCUGGCACGGGGCUUCGCGAGAACGAGGUACUUGCUCUUAUUCGCACUGUCGUCUGCAAAGCAGCCACAAUGCACAACGCGGGCUUUGUGCACGGCGCACUGCAUGCCGGCAACGUACUUCUCUCCAGCUAUGACGGUGACGCGGUGCUGACGCAGCCGUGCGGACUGAUGAGUCAGAGCUCCUGGCUGCCAACCGACUUGUCCGUCAUCAGCGUGGCGCGCGCCAAUGCCAUGGCGCCAUACCUUUCCGAGGUCUGGGGAGCGCGCCGGCUGCAGGUGAGCGGUGCCACGUCGACGCGACUCGGGCCCCCACAGCGGCCAGACACCGCGGAGCUCAUCACAUACCACAACUUGGCUGCCCUGGGCUGGCUCGACGACGACGACGCGCGGAAAGCUGGGGGGUCUGCUGACAGGCGCGACAGCGCUGAGUUGUGCAUGGCCGGUGCUGCCUACACCCCCACCGCCGCCGACGACCUCUACGCCGUGGGCAUGAUCGCCUUCCUUAUCUAUGUCGGUGUCCCGCCGUUUCAAAUGGCGUCCCUGUGGGCGGUGGUGGAGCGGCUCAGGGCGCUGGGCGCAGCCUAUAGGGCUGCCAUGCAGUCCUCCGCCUCCUCUUCGGCUUCCGCGGCGGCCCGUCAGGAGGCGCGCCGUCUCGUGGCGGAGUUCUGCUUUGGGACUCGCCGACGCGGCGCCGGCGCGGGCGACUGCCACAGGCACGGCGUUGCGCGAUUUCGACCCGACUUUGAGCAAGCCCUGGAGUCCUUUAUUGUGGACUGCGUGGAGGCCUCCUGCAGUGCGGCAACGCUGACACAUGCGAGCGGCACUCCUGACGAGUCGGGUGCAGGGCCGCAUGUCUACGCCGACGCGCAGGAGUUGCUCACGCGUCAUCCCCUCUUCAGAUGCCUUUCCCUCCCAGCACACGCAGGCCAGGAUGACGAGGAGGAGCACGGAAGCGGCGGCGGCGUGCGGUCUUCGGGGGAGGAGGAAUCCCAUCAGAGCGUUGAUGAGAGGAUGCGCGACACGGUGCACCGAGUUGCCUACCCUGCCUUCUGCACGUGGGCUCGCGCCCGCGAAGACUGUGGCUCGGCGCCGCACCUGAGUCGGCUGCACAGCAAUGCGCUCUUCACUGCUCGCUGCACUGCGCUGUGCGAGUGCGUUUCUGCCACCGUGACAUCCUACGACGACGAGAGAAGUGAGUCCCAGAAUGCCGCUGAGGACGGCGAACCGUGGUCGUCGCUCCCGGUUAUCAGCCCUCAUGUGGCGGGAGCGCUACAGGCAUGGCACUUUCCUUUUCUCUCCGCGGAGGCGGGCACCAGCUGCCUUAAUGGCCGCGAGACGGACACGCGCACCUGCACAGUGUCUUCGGCUGAGGCAGCGGCGGCAACCCGGCCCAGGCAGCGGCGAGGCGACGCUCGUGCGGUGACGGGCCCCGCCCGGCACCAGUGCUUGCCCUCGCUGGUGCGACCGACCGCUUCAGCGGCGCCUGCCGAGCGCGCUGCCGCCGGUGACGGCGACGAUGGCGCUGAUGGCGACGUCUCGGCCACCACCUUAGCGCAGCAAGAAGAGGAUGCGCUGGCGGCACAGCUCUUCUCUGGUGAGCAGCGUCAGGCUGACGGCGACUUUGUACAUCAGCCACACCUGCACGCGCUCACGUUGGCAGGGAAGCAGCAGAGCGCCUUCUCCUUAAGCCGCGCCUUUGUUCUUUCACGUGUGCUGCCGGUCGCCGACACGCUGGUGCUGCAGCACCUAACCGACUGCACGGUGACGCUGCUCGCGCCAUUUCGCUACAUCGUGCUCGAUGGGUUGCAGCGCUGCGAAGUUCGACUGGGCCCCUGCGAGACGUGCGUGCUGCGCGACGUGCACGACUGCCCGCUCAUCGCCGUCGCGGCGCUCCAGCUCUCCGGCAAUAACGUCACCGAGACACACUUAAGCUGGAGCAGGCAGGGCAGUGGUCGUCCCCUGCUGAAGUGCAGCCGCGGCAUCACCGCAUCCCUCUACGGCUUGAUGUAUGAGGGCCUCGUUGAGGACUACUCGAGGGUGGGUCUCGCACUGGAGCACGCCGCCUGCUUUGUCGCCGCCGACGACGUGAACGAGGACUCCGGUGAGGUCGAUGGCGCCGUCACUUUUCGAGGCCCGGCGCUGGCGUGUCCGCGCGCUGUUGAGCUUCUUGCCACAACGGCGACCAGUGCGAGCGGAAGCCAGAGGGAGGUGGCGCUAUGCCUCGCCCCGGAGGCGCCGUAUGACCUCGCGCUGCUCUUGAGCAAUACCCGUUACGUGCACAGCGGCAGGCCUAGCGUCGGCCUGCAGAGCCCACGGAUACCCUCUCCUGACGUGUUUCACUUCUUUGGCGAGUUGGCGGAGAAGGACGUUGUGGUGUGCGACGUGCGCGGCGGCACUCGCGACGGCGACGCACGCCCGGUGAUCUUUCUGGUUGGGGUGCUCGGCGACAUUGUGAUCGAGCGGUGCAGUCACUGCACGAUCUUGGUUGCUGGGACGCCGAGCAACUUGCAGGCGUCCCAGUGCCACGACUGCCAGCUGAUCUUUAUGGCGCGCGAGUCAGUUGUCGAGAAUUGUGCCCGCGUGGAGUGCGUGGCGCUCGUGACAGAGUACCUUUUAGUGCGGGAAUGUGACGCGGUGCGGGUGCGGCCGCUCUUCCUCGACUGUCCUUUCAGCGAUGAGGUGCUGCGGUGCGUGGUCGGCGGAAGCGUCGGCAGCGCCGACGAGGAGAUGGUGGUCGGUGCGUAUGAGGCCGGCCGCCUUGAUGAGCUGAACGCGGUGCUGCGCGGCAUUGGGCAGGGCGUGCUCGUGGAAGCUUCCGAGAACGUGGUUAUCGAAGACAUUGGCUACUACUAUAAUCGCAGCGGCCGCGUCGGUGAUGGCGAGCGCGAAGAUCGGGAGGGCGGCGCGGACGGUGACGGCUUCUCCGUGUUGUCGGUGGCGUAUGCGAGCAUGCAGAGCCCCACCGCAGCUGCGAGUUCCUCAGGCAAUGCGUCGCGGUUCAUGGCAGAGGCCGCACAGUCGCUUGCGGAGCAUCUCUCCCUGCCGUGCUACCUCGAGCCUCUCCAGCGCUACGGCGGCGGGGAAAGUGGCGCGGCCAGCCAUGCGGAUCGACCCACCGUGUCCUUCCACGACCUGCUGAACUGCUCUGUGCUUCGCCUGUGCGGGUCUUUGUGUCCGCUGGAGUCACAGGCAUCGCCCACCUCAUGCGACUCCACGGCGGAACUGGCGGAUAUCUGCGUGGAGCGGGUUCACGGCGGUGUCCUCUACGUGGAGGAUGCCGUUGGCACGCUGUGUCUGCGCCACUGCGUCGGUCCGCUGGACAUCGUCGUCUGCGCUGCAGCGAGGGUGAUCAUGGAAGCCUGCGUUGGUGUGCAGCUGCGCACGGCCUGUGUUGACUUCCGCGCCACCGACUGCGUUCACUGCCAUGUGGCGCUUCACGUGAACAACCCGCCACGGUACCAGCGCUGCAGGAACGUGCAGGCCUCGGCGCUGAACAUCACCGCGCGGGACUUCAACGCACUGUUAAGUGCUGCCGGGGUGGAUUUGGCAACAAACUUGUACGAUGAGCCGCUGCUACUCACGGAGGAGUGGAAGCCGACUGUGGCGGCAGGGAUGUCGGGUGCGUUGUUGGAAGCGCGCGGAAUGCAUGCCUUACGUGGUGGCUGUGUGGACACCCCUACGGGACCCCAUAGCACCGCUGAUAUGUGUGCUGUACUGCUCUCCUCGGUGCCCAGGGAGCAGCUGCAUCCGCGGCAGGGAGGGCCACGUGACAGCAGGCUGCGUGUGCGGCCUGACCAGGUGCUGCACAUCAUGACCGUGCUGCGCCAGCCUGUGACAGUGGUGGCCCCGCUCCCAGGGCUGUGCGCUAGCCCGAAUGAGACUCCGUUUCUGGAGGAGCUAGAGGCGCGCGUGGCGGUGUGGGCCAAACAGCCGCUCUCAGUAUCGCGUGAGGAGGCCGUUGCCAUCGCGCUGUACGCCUUGGCUGACUUGGCAGAAGUGUACGCGAGUGUCACGGAGUGGGUUGAGGCGACGGACGCGGUGCAGCCCACUGAGGCACCUGAGCGGGUGGCUGCAUUUGGCGGCUCAUGGAAUCCCGAUACCCCACCACACCUCCUGUCGACGCGUGCGCCUCCUUCGCUGCCUGCCGCCUCCUCAGCGUCCUCGACGACCGUCAGCGUUCCGGGACUAGCGUUGGACGCGGUUCAGCAGCGGCUGCCCUCCACCGAGCGAGUGUUGCUGCAGCAGCCUUGCACCAAGGACGGCGGGUGUGCUGCGCAGGACGCGUCAGCGGCACCUUCGUCAUCGCUAUCGGCGGGCGACGCCAGCGGAGCGGAAAUUCGAACACCUGCAAAGCCGGUGCUGCUUGAAGUCGGUGUUGUCGAGAUAGCACCUGGCACGGAGGGCUUCGUGGAAGAGGUUGCCGUGCACAGUGCAUCAGCGCCGCCACUCUCGUCGCCGCUGACCUGCUACACGGACCCGGCACCUGCGCCGGAGAACGACGGCGCUCGAACCUCACCGGCAGAAGGGCCUCAUGCCGACCCAGUGGCGCUUCACCGACCGUCACAGUCAGACAGCUUGCCGAUGCGCGCGCAGCACGGCGGACUCACCGCUGCCGAAUUACCAACGUUGCCGUGCACCUCGGCGAGUGCAUUCGCCUCAUCUGCGACUGUGCUCGAUGGCGCCGCCUCAGGGAUGGAAGACGACACCUCGGUGAACUCGAGCGUUGCCCCGCCGCCGCUGCCGCCGGGACCCGCCUACGCGCUCAACCCCACGAAUGUCGGUGCCUCCUCCACAAUGGAUGUCUUCUGCCGCACACAGCGCGACGCCGCGUCAGUGGCCAGGGGGACAGCAGGUCCGCUCAUGGAGGAGGAGGGCGGCGCCUACUCGCUCACCGCCCGCAUGCUGGAUGACGAAGGUGUGGGACUCACCUCCGCCUCUCCCUGGCCCGAUGACAUAUGUUCGCCCGUCGUCAAGGGCAGCCACCGGGCCCUUGAGUGGGUUAUGGAGAGCGGUGACAACCACGAGGGCGCGCGGAGUGGACGACAGGCUUCACCAGUCGCGAAGACCAUUAAUGUGCUGGGUGCCCAGGCGCAGGCUCAGUGGCCCUCGUCGUUGGAGAGGUCGCCGCAUGUUAGGGCAUCGGAGGAGCGCAGCAGUCGCGACGGCGACGAGCUGCUGGUCGCCACCACCGCCGUCUCUGCAAAGGAUAUGCAGGAAGUUUUCUUGAAGGCAGAGGACGAGCCGCACUACACGCGCAACGCCGCGCACUCUUCUUUGCGUACCUCCGCGUCCUCCGUGGCCGAGUACCCGUGGCGCGGCGUGAUGUCGUACAAGAACAGUGCCGAGUACGUCGCGGGCGGCAGUGACAGCGGCACCGGCGAGACGGCAGUGCCACAGACUAACUUCCUCCACGUGUCGCAGGACUCGUCCGCGCGGCGGUUGGAGCUGAACUCCCACGCUGCCACGGGGACCCCGGUGGUGGCCAUGGGCUCCGACGAGGGUGGCAGUGGCGAGGAUGGCAGCUUCUCCAGGGCGCAAAGUGGUGUGCUGGGGCCGCCGGCAAGCGAGCGUGCUGCUGUGCGAAAGAUGGAGCCUCUAGGGAGGCUCUCGCCUGAAGUCAUGGCGAUGCGCGACGUCGAUGCGGACGUAAAGGAGGUGCUGCGACAAGUAGAACAGGCACGCCAGCUCUUCGCGCGAAAUCAGCGCUCGUGGGAAUCAUCAGCGGGUGGCGGCUUGGAGGCCCGUGUGCGAGCGGCGGUGGCGAAGCUGACGGCCUUGAAGGCUGCGCAUGCCGAGGCAGCCUAG